AUGGUUGCGGAAUUGCCAUACGCGCUCGACGCAGAGACGCCUCUGAACGCCUCGGAGCUCAACGUCCUGCGCGCCCAGUAUGAAAAGGAAGGCGACAUGGUCGGCGUCCAAACAAAGUUCAACUACGCCUGGGGCCUCGUCAAGUCCAACAGCCGCCACGACCAGCAGCUCGGCGUCCGUCUCCUCUCCGACAUCUUCCGCCUCUCCCCCGAGCGCCGCCGCGAAUGCCUCUACUACCUCGCCUUGGGCAACUACAAGCUCGGUAACUACGGCGAGGCCCGCCGCUACAACGACCUCCUCCUCGACCGCGAGCCCGCCAACCUCCAGGCCUCGGACCUGCGCCAGCUCAUCGACGCAAAGGUCGCCAAGGAGGGGCUCAUGGGCGUCGCCAUCCUCAGCGGUGUCGGCAUCGCCGCGGGCGUCGUCGGCGCGUUCCUCUUCAAGAACGCACGGAGGAGGUAG